AUGGCAUCGAUAUUAUUAGCAACAACAAAUGAAAAAAUACUCAGCAAUCUGAAUGCCUUGGCCAAUGAUCAGCUGUUAGGUCAACAUAUGGGCAAUACAGCUGGCAACAAUAUAUCCGGUGUAUCCACAUCUAGUCAUUUAUCAAAUUCUGAAAUUGCCGAUGUCGAUAUUUAUUUUAAGCGCUUAUACAGUAAAACAAAUAAUCCUCCACCAAUUUCCGUUGAUGAUUUUCUUGAUAUAUUUACACGUUGUCGAGAUUCGUCAAUACAAAGAGAAAGAGAUGUAUUUCAAAGUGGUGUGAGAAAUUUAUUUGAUGAAUAUAAAUUUUAUCCGCAAUAUCCUGAAAGAGAAUUGCAUUUAACUGCUCAAUUAUUUGGUGGCUUAGUGGAACGUAAUCUAUUACCACCACAAAUUGUUUCGGCGUCAUUUCGAGCUAUUGGUGAAGGUUUAAAAAAACCACCAUCAGCUAAUUUAUUUAUAUUUGCUAUAACAGCACUCGAACGUUGUAAAUUAAGACUUCGUGAAAAUAGUCAAUAUUGUCAUCUAUUUAAAACUGCUCAAUCUUAUCAUGAUAUACCGGCAAAUCUUAAAGAUUAUAUUGAAUACGGUGCAUUAGGUGAAUAUCCUCCUAGUCAAAUGAAUAAUACUCAGUUAACUAGUUUACAGCAACAACAACCACGAACAUUAACACCAACUCCACAACAGCCAACAUUACCAUCUAAUAAUAUCCAACAAUCACCAUCACCAUUGUCAAAUAUACAAAAUACAUUUCCAAGAAUAAAUUCUACACAAAUACCGAAUCAAUUACCAACAUAUUCUACGACAAGAGCUAAUACAACAACAGGCGUAAUACCAUCCGUUGCUCAAAGUGCAAAUAUUAGUUCAUUAUUAAGAGCUCCAAGUUAUGAAAAAGUUCGUGUUGCACCGCCACCAGAAGGCAUUCAAGAUAAAGUUUCAUUUACAUUUAACAAUUUAUCAUUUGCAAAUCUUAGUCAAAAAGCUGAUGAAUUAAAAGAAUCGAUGCAGGAUGAUAAACAUUGGCAAUGGGUAGCACAAUAUUUAGUUAUGAAACGUGCAUCAAUUGAACCUAACUUUCAUACACUCUAUGCAGGUUUUGUAAUGACAUUAAAUGUUCAGAUAUUAAUUGAUACCGUAUUGGCUGAAACACAUCGAAAUAUAAAAAUACUGUUAUUGGGUGAUAAACAAAUGAAUAAUAUUCCUGAUCGCGCAUUACUCAAAAAUCUUGGUCAUUGGCUUGGAAUUAUAACAAUUGGAAAAAAUAAACCAAUUCUUGCUAUUGAUUUAGAUCUUAAAUCAUUAACAAUUGAAGCCUAUCAUACAGGCUCACAAGAAUUACUUUAUGUUGUGCCAUUUAUUGCAAAAAUAUUAGAAUCAUGUACUCGUAGUAAAAUAUUUCAACCACCAAAUCCAUGGCUAAUGGGUAUUAUGUCUGUUUUGGCUGAAAUGCAUCAAUCACCUGAAUUUAAAUUAAAUUUAAAGUUUGAAAUCGAAGUCUUAUGUAGACAAUUACAAAUACAGUUGAAUGAUUUACCUAUUCCUCACAUAUUACAAAAUAAAGAAUAUUUCGAAAAACUCGAUAAACAAUUAUCUCGCCCAGUACAAUUGUCGACAUCACAUAUUCCACUGGGUAUGUCAUCUUUUCAUCCAUUACAACAACAAAAUCAAUCAACAAAAGAUCUCAUCUCUUCCGUUCAAGGUCAACAACAACUUGAUCAACAACAACGUCAACAAUCAUUGGCAUUAAAUGAUCCUGCCAUCAUUCAACAAUCUCCAUCGUAUCAGUCACAUUCAAGUGCCUUACAACCAACACCUGUCGCACCAUCGUCUGUCGGUAUACAGAAUGCAACCUCAGCAACGGUAUCGUCAAAUGUUAGUGGUGCACCUUCGUCAGCAAAUAAUGCUAGUGCACCAGUGCCAUCACCGAAAUAUAAAUUAUCUGAUUUUAAAUCAUCCAUAUUUCAAAGUUUAUCAACAAUGCUAGAAAUUAAUCCAAAUUUAUUAUUAUUUCAACAUCAUCCACGUUUAAAAACCUAUAUUCAUUCACCGAUUGAACAAGCUAUCAAUGAAUCAUUAACAACUGUACAACGUUCUCUAAAAGUAGCCACGAGUGCCGCUGAAACAAUUGCACGAAAAGAUUUCAUGUUUAAUCCCGAUGAGCAACAAUUACGCACAUCCGCCCGAAAUAUGGUCGCUUAUUUGAGUAGUGGACUGGUAUUAAUCACAGCACGUCCAGCAUUACAAGAUCAAAUACAAACGUAUAUUCGCAAUCAUUUACAAACCGUAUUAGGUGUUACACAAAAUUCAUCUGAAACAAAUGCAAAUGCCAAUACAACAGCAUCAUCAUCAACAACAUCCGGUAAUCCAGAUUUAAAUGCACAAACACGUGAAAUGAUCAACCAAGCUGCUAAUGAAAUAGCACAAUCAAAUAUUGAACUAUGCUGUUGUCUAUUACAACGCAUAACAAUUAGUCGUGCUAUUCAGCAUAUUGAUACACGUCUCGCAUCAGACAUUGAACAAAGACAACGUACCCGUUUAGAACAAAAGCAAUGGAACGUUGAUCCAUAUAACUAUAAUUUUCAAACCGAAAAAUUACCGGAACAAAUACGUUUAAAAUAUGGACCAUUGAAUUCUCAUCAAUUAGCUAUUUAUGAAGAUUUUGUACAUUAUAUACCUGGUUUCAAACCAUCGGACAACGAAAAAAGAGAACCGUUACAAAUGGAAGACAAUAGUCCAUCAUUAUGGGACCGUUUAAUAAGUGAUAUAGAACAAGUUAUUCAAUUACAAGUCAAUUCAACCUAUAGUACACCACUACAGCGUCUAAUUGAUUCAUUGACUGUUUUGCGUACAAAUUUACAAACUCUACCAUCAGCAGCUCAAGCUGCCUUGGCUACUGUAUUGAAUACGAUUGUCUAUAAUUUAUUAGAAUGUUAUACCCAACAAGCCCAAACUCAAGAUAGUGAAGGUGCAACUCGUUUUCGUGAUGUACAUAUGGCCGUAUUAAAACUACUAAUUGAUAUAAGAUUACAAAUAUCUGUUAUAACAAAACAAUUGACGAAAUGUUGGCUUGAUUGUCCAAACGAACUUAAAUUCAACGUUCAUGCUGUAAAUACAUUAAUUCGAAAUCGAUUAUUAGACUGUAGACAGGUUGAUGCACAUAUUUCACAAUUGAUUGACAGUGGCAAUAAUCCAGCACUACAUUUUGCAGUACAUUUUAUUCGUUCAUGUCUUAUUGAACAACCAGCAUGCUCAGAUAGCGAUAUUUCAUUUAUUAUCGAAUCAUUACAUCGUAUAUCAUUAAUUGGAAAACAACCAGCUGAAGCCGUUCGUGAUCUACUUGAAAUAAUACGAUUGAAUUAUGCAUCAUCAUCAGUAUCAUCAAAUGACAAUUCAACAUCCACUUCAUCAGCAACGGCGACAACUCCAUCAUCAACCACACCUAAUUCAGCAACAGCUGCCACAUCGACAACCAACGAGACAAACACAACUAAUUCGGUGAAUAAAUUUGAUCGUCUUGCUAUUAUAUCGUUAUCAGUUAUCAAUAGUGGUUCAAAAUAUCUCACUAAUGAUGAAAUUGAAACAACUACAAUCGCCGCUAAAGCUAAACUCAUUCUUAGUGAAUGGGUUAGUAUUACAAUUACGCAAACAAAUCGUAUAGCUCAACAACAAGCAUUUCAAACCGUUUUUAAUCAAAUGAAUAUUCAAGGCAUAUUUCGUUCCGAUGAUACGAUAGCGAAGUUUUUACGUAUGACAAUUCAAUUGUGUGUUAAUAGUGUUUAUGAUAUAUUACGUAGUACACCAGCCAAUCAACAACCACAUUAUGUACGUUGCCAUCAAGGAAUAGAUAGUUUAUGUCGAUUUUUAUCAUUGUUAACAACACAUACGUCUGAUGUGGCUAAUUUUGCUGCUAGAAUACAUUUGAUCAAUAGAAUAUUAGGAAUAUUAGCAGCACUCUGUCAAGUUGAUCAUGAUGAUCAACAAGGUGAUCAAUUUAAUCCAAUUGCUUAUCAACGUAUUAUAUUAAAUUUAUUCCAAGAGGCAACAGCAUCCGAAAAUACAAAUGAUCUUGUCAUGUACUACAUCUAUUUAGCAUUCACAAAUGUUUUGCAUUUAUUACGCCCACAGCGUGUGACUGGUUUUUCCUUUGCUUGGUUAGAAAUUGUUGCCCAUAGAACGUUUAUGUCAAAAUUAUUAGCACCAAAUACAAAAUAUAUCCGACAAACACAAAAUAUGUAUGCAUUGCUAUUGGUCGAUGCUUUACGAUUAGUUGCACCAUUCAUUCGUAGUGGAGAACAUACACCAAGUUUUCAAGUUUAUUUUAAAGGAGUAUUAAAAACGUUCAUGUUACUACUGCACGAUUUUCCAGAAUUUUUAUGUGAAUAUUAUUAUCAGUUUUGUGAUGCACUACCAUUGGUUGCACAUCAACUACGGAACAUUGUAUUAUCAGCAUUUCCAAAACAAAUGCGUUGUCCAGAUCCAUUUUUAGUCAAUUUUAAAGUUGAUAUGUUAAAUGAUAUUAGUUAUAGCCCAUUUAUAGCAUACAACUAUUCAAAUAAUAUACAACCACCAAAAUUUAAGGCCAAUCUCGAUUCCUAUCUUCGUACGCGUGCUCCCGUUACGUUUUUAUCUGAAUUACGUUCUUGUUUACAACAAGGAGCUGAUCCUGGUAGUCAUUAUAAUAUUCGAAUGUUAAAUGCUCUUGUGUUAUAUGUUGCAUCACAAGCUAUCACAACUAUACAACAGAAGGGCUCACAAGUAUUAGUCGGUUCCAUAACACACUCAGCACCAAUGGACAUAUUUCAAAACUUAGCUGUUGAUCUUGAUACAGAAGGUCGCUAUAUAUUUCUCAAUGCCAUGGCCAAUCAUUUGAGAUUUCCUAACACGCAUACUCAUUAUUUUAGUUAUACACUUUUGUAUUUAUUUGCUGAAGCUAAUUCAGAAUCAUUGCAAGAACAAAUUGUUCGUGUUUUACUUGAACGUUUGGUUGCUAAUCGUCCUCAUCCAUGGGGUUUAUUGAUAACAUUUCUUGAACUUGUACGAAAUCCACAUCUUAAGUUAUGGUCACGUGAAUUUAUGAAUAUAUCUCCAGAUGUUAAAAGAUUAUUGCAUACAUUAACUCGUGGUUUUCCACAAUUUCAAACAACAAAAACUUAA